AUGAUGAAACCAUCUGGGGGAAGCGGUGGAUGGACGAGCAAUGAUCAUCCACGAGUCUCGAGCCAACACUCGGAGGCAGCUGCAGUACGAGAAGCUUGCGUUAUGGUUACAACCCAGCAGAUGCAGAAUGCCACGAUCGAGAGCAAUAAUGCAAGUAUCAUCAACUUCAGCGUGACAGAGGAAGCUCCUGCAAGGAAAAUUGCAGCGUUUAUGGACGAUAUAAGAGAAUGUGCUAAUACUCCUAGAACUACAAACAAACCUGCACACUGGAUCACUAAGAAAUGCUUAUCUCAAUCACUCCCCCUGGAUUGGGUUGUUUUCCACACCCGAGAAUUAGGGAGUUUAUUAUCUGUUGACUGGAUUUCUUUCUUAAAUAGAUGA